GGAGAGGAAUGGCUGCGGUUACAUUGUAUCUGUAGAGCGAUUCCAGGAGCAGGAGAGGAGGAGGGAGCGCAGAGCACGGUCCUUCCUCUUGUUUGUUUUAGCGAUCGCCUGCAAGAAAGGAGAGGGAAAGCUGGCAGGAGACGGGGAGAGCUACAGGAUCUCCAGUCUGGAAGUGAUCAGGGAUCCAGAGUGACCGCUGCUACUGGAUCCACAUUGCAUGGAGGGAUCCCCUCCAUAGGACUAUUCUUUCUUUGCACCCCCUGAUCCGCACCGGGGCCCCCCAUCAAUACAGGAAUAUAGAGCAGGGGGAGCAGACUUGCAUGCUGUGGAGCCCACUGGCCCUGUUGAUGAUGAUCUGUCCUAUGUGGCUUGCAGUAGCCCUGUCUGUAUGCCUGGUGGCCCCUGGCUCAGGUGGGCCCAGCGGGGCUUCCUCGCCUUCUCCUUGCCCUGUGCCAUGCCGAUGUGACGGGGAUGGAGGAGUGGACUGCUCCGGGAGUGGACUGCUCGCUGUGCCCCAAGGAGUCAGCGCCUUCACUCACUUUCUGGAUAUCAGUAUGAACAAUAUCACCAAGCUGCCAGAAGGAGCAUUUAAAGGCUUCCCAUAUCUAGAAGAGCUGCGACUGGCGGGCAAUGACCUCUCUUUCAUCCAUCCCAUGGCCUUGUCUGGCCUGAAAGAACUCAAAGUUCUGACUCUUCAGAAUAAUCAACUGAAGACGGUGCCAAGCGAAGCGUUAAAGGGGUUGGCUUCUUUGCAGUCACUGUGGUUAGAUGCAAACCAUAUUGACGCGGUUCCCGAUGACAGCUUUGAAGGUCUGGUGCAGCUUCGCCAUCUUUGGUUAGACGACAACUGCUUGACAGAGGUCCCAAUUCGGCCACUUGGCAAUCUCCCAUCUCUUCAAGCUUUAACCCUGGCGCUCAACAAAAUCACCCACAUCCCCGAUUAUGCGUUUUCAAACCUUUCAAGCCUCGUCGUUCUACAUCUUCAAAACAAUAAAAUAAAAACUCUUGGGAAGCAUGCUUUUGAUGGCUUGGAUAACCUGGAAAUAUUGGACCUCAAUUAUAACAACCUUGUUGAUUUCCCUGAUGCCAUCAAAUCACUGCACAACUUGAAGGAAUUGAGCUUCCACAGUAAUUCCAUAACAACCAUCCCCGAUGGAGCAUUUGAGAAAAAUCCAUUGUUGAAAACUAUACACUUGUAUGAUAAUCCUUUGUCUUUCGUUGGGAAUUCGGCAUUUCGGAACUUAUCAGACCUCCACUUCUUGGUCAUUCGAGGAGCAAGUAAUGUUCACUGGUUUCCCAACUUGACAGGAACUGUUAACCUAGAAAGUCUGACCUUGACAGGCACAAAGAUAAGGAGUAUUCCACUGAAGCUUUGCCAAGAGCAGAAGAUGCUUCGAACUUUGGACCUGUCCUAUAAUGAGAUCACGGAGCUCCAUGGGUUUGAAGGUUGCAAUGCCUUAAAAGAGGUUUAUCUUCAGCAUAAUCAAAUCAAAGAAAUUCAGAACAAGUCACUCCAAGGCCUUACAUCUCUGCGUAUACUAGAUCUAAGUCGAAAUUUGAUCCAAACAAUUCACAAUGAAGCCUUCAUCACACUCACAUCAAUAAUUAAUCUAGACCUUAGUUUUAAUGACCUGACAUCGUUUCCAACCGAAGGACUCCAUGGACUGAACCAGCUGAAACUGACAGGAAACUCCAAGUUAAAAGAAUCCCUGGCGUCUAAGAACUUGUUGAAACUACGGUCUGUAUCUGUCCCAUAUGCCUAUCAGUGUUGUGCGUUUUCUGGCUGCGAUGCCUACUUGAACUUGGCUACUGAUGAUGAUGCCUCCAAGUAUCAGAGGCUUCUGUUGGACCAUGAGAAAGGUACAAUUGAUCCAGAUUACAUCGGCACAGAAGAAGAUAAAGAACACGUUCAAACAGUUAUUCACUGUAAUCCAUCCACAGGUGCCUUCAAACCAUGUGAAUACCUCCUCGGUAGCUGGAUGAUCAGACUUACUGUGUGGUUCAUCUUCCUUUGCGCUGUGAUCUUCAAUUUCAUUGUCAUCCUGACUAUAUUUGCCUUUUGCUCUUCGUUGUCCUCGUCCAUGCUCCUCAUUGGCCUGAUAUCCAUCUCCAAUCUUUUCAUGGGAGUAUACACUGGGAUCUUGACCGUACUGGAUACAGUUUCUUGGGGACGCUUUGCAGAAUUUGGCAUAUGGUGGGAGACGGGCAAUGGUUGCAAAGUGGCUGGAUUCCUUGCAAUCUUUGCUUCAGAGAGUGCCAUCUUCUUCCUGACCCUGGCAGCCAUUGAACGGAGUUUAUCUGCCAAGGAUAUCAUUAAGAAAGAGAAGAGCCAACAUUUAAAGAAAUUUCAGGUGGCUUCACUUGUGGCGUUCCUGCUUGCUGUAGCUGCUGGCUGCCUGCCAUUAUUUCAUGUUGGAGAGUUCUCCGCUUCUCCUCUUUGUCUGCCUUUCCCUACAGGGGAAAAUCCUUCUUUAGGAUUUACUGUUACUCUAGUUCUUCUCAACUCGUGUGCUUUUCUGAUCAUGGUGAUAACCUACAUGAAACUGUACUGCUCCCUAGAGAAGGAAGACCUCUCUGAGAAUGCAGAGUCCAGCAUGAUAAAGCAUGUUGCUUGGCUGAUCUUCACCAAUUGCAUCUUCUUUUGCCCGGUGGCAUUUUUCUCCUUUGCUCCGCUGAUAACUGCAAUCUCCAUUAGUCCUGAAAUCAUGAAGUCUGUCACCUUGAUAUUUUUUCCUUUGCCUGCUUGCCUCAAUCCAGUGUUAUAUGUUUUCUUCAACCCCAAAUUUAAGGAAGACUGGAAGCUAUUGAGGUGGCACUUGACUAAGAAAAGUGGUUCGGUCACUGUUUCCACAAAUGCUCAGAGGGGAUGUGUCACUCAAGAUUUUUACUAUGACUUUGGCAUGUACACACACCUACAAGGCAAUUUCGCAGUAUGUGACUACUGCGAGUCUUGUCUCCUAAAGAUCUCUCCUACUUGUAAACACUUAAUAAAAUCUCAAAGCUGUCCAACCCUGGCAGUUGUACCCUACCAACGACCUGAGAACUGUUGGUCAGACUUCGGCACGCAGUCCGCUCACUCAGAUUGUGCAGACGAGGAAGAUUCUUUUGUGUCGGACAGUUCAGAUCAGGUACAAGCCUGUGGUCGGGCUUGUUUUUAUCAGAGCCGGGGUUUUCCGUUGGUUCGAUAUGCAUAUAAUAUACCAAGGAUGAAAGACUGAACCCAACUUUCUGCACUUAAUUCUGUGAAGAGUAUAGCAAUCCUGAAAGAGCACAACUUAGUCAUGACCUAAAGGCAAGGGAGCACUUUUAUAAGCACGUCUCUUAUAAGAAGGAUUCUGGAACUUCUAAGCUAAACCUCUUGUUUCCGCGAGGUGCGCGGUGGGCAUUGCACUGCACCCUGCCAGCCGGAUGCUUGCAGGGACGUGGACAGAUAAAACAGUGUUUGCCCCCUACUAGAAAUAACAUGUAAACCAAAAUUUGUACCUAAAUCUGCCUUCUAAUCUGUUUAAGGCAGAGUUUGGUGCCUUUAUUUUUAUACAGAAUAUUGUCAUUUUAUAUGUGUCUUGUCUCGUAAUGUAGCUUUGUUCCGAGGGAUAUUUUGUCAUUUGCUUGCAAUGUAGCAUCAGUCAUUAUUUUUAGAAUGCUGUAUUUUGAUACAGCAAAUUAUCAGACAUGUUCUUUUCUUGUUUAGUAACUCAGGUAAUAUACUGCAAGCCUAAAAGCAAACCGGAAUAUUCCCUUAGUCCUGAUAGUGUGAUCAGAUGUCUGGUUUGUCUUAGCGCCAUAUAAGCAAAACAUGAGAAUAGACGGGCUGCGUUGACCUGCACAAAACAGGGAAAACAAUACAAAACAAACGGCAGAAGCGAUCUAGUAUUUUAUGUCACACAAGUGGCUGACAACUACAAUGAGAAAUACAAUUAUAAGGUUGGAGGAGUUGUAUUAAAAACCCUCUGGAUAACAGCAUAGAGUCCUUCGGCCAAGUGGCCAACUGGACACAGAUCAUACAUCAUUACAGCGGAUUAGAACCUUUUAUCUUCCUAACUUUAUAACUAAUAUCUUGGAUCAUAUUCACAAAAUGGCUGUGAAUAUUAAAGCCAGGGGGCAGGUUCAGCCAAUGGGCUUGGAAGUAUGUAGGCACAAAUAUAAGUUUGGCACGCUGGCUUAGUAAGAUGAUCAGUUCACACUUUCUAGUCUACGCAGUAGACGCUAAACCUCAUCCGAGGGAUUGAAUGAGGACAGAAAGUAUCUUAUCUGGACUGUAACAGUAUCAAGGACUUGGCUGCUUCAUAAUACAGAUGCAUGUGGCCAUAUGUGCCGUUGUAUCCAUGCAGGCAUAUGUUAUAUUCGUAUAGACUGUGUCAAAAGCUCCUUGAUAUCGAAUGAUAACGUAUGUUUAAAUAGUGUGCCACAGGGAAUUACAGUGAUGCAUCUCUGGUGCUCUGCAUGUAUGAAUAUGUUACGCCAAUCUUUCCAUAUGUUACCAUAUGAACUAUAGUUCCUAACAUAGAGAGGGAAUCCUGGCAAAAUCUACAACUUAUAGUCAACUGCCGCUCGCUUUUAACCAUUUAAAAGCCAUUCCUUUUUAAUGAUUUAUAUCUGCCAGUUAGUCUCUCUUACCGCAGCCGUGUCCUAAAAGUUACCAUCUUCUGCUAAAUUUACAACCUCCUUAAAAUAUGGAAUAUUUUUGUUUCUGAUCCUUCUUUUUUGAUGUAGUUAGGAACAAAUCCAUCUGAUGUAGAUUACUACUCUUGCUGUGCCAAGGGUGUUCAUAUAACAUUAGAAAAAAAAUGUGGGUCGAAAAGCACCAUAUAGAUCAUCUUGGUUAUAUGUACAUCUACAAACCUCACAAUUCUGGCCUUUUUAUCCGUGGUUUGUGUGAUAAAUACUAAAUUUCAUACAGUUAUUUCAUUUUAUGAGCACUUAACUGCAUAUCCGGUAUUUUCUAUACCAGAACCAAGCUUUGCAUAUUAGCAAUAAGGUAAAUUCUAUACUUAAUUCUAUCCAAUAAUCCGAGUAGCGCUUACAAUUUUUCUCUAACUGCCAGAUCGGUUGAAUGUAAGAAAUCGAUGUACGAAUGAAGCACAAUUUAUUGA